AGCCUUUCGGCUCGGGUUUUUUGGGUAGGCGCCGGUUCGGCAGGUGUUUCUCUUGCCGGAAUGGAUGGCGAAGUGGGCCCUGGGUUCAAGCGCUGGUGCAUCUUCUUGCCGCGGCUUGUGUGCGAGAAGGUCUCGCUCAACUCCGCCUACACUUUGACACGUCAGCAGCGCAACCCUGCUUGGUUUGAUCAGAUGCGAGAGAGGCUGCAGCUGAUCUUGCAAGACUGCAGCUUGCUACAGGUCAGCGGGAAGCAAUGUACGCCGGAGACCGGCUUAGACAAGGCAGAGGAGCUGGUGUUGCAGUCUCUGCUGGCGGCUCAAGGCUUCUUGGGCAACAAGCAGUUCCACAAGGCCUUCGUGCUGGGCGAGCUUUGCGUUCAGGUGGCCGACUGCAUCACUGCCCCAGAUCUGUCCUUUUGGCCUCUGCUUUGCCGAGCCACCCUGGGAAAUGCCUACUUGCGCCUCAGGAGGUUCCAGGAGGCCCGGCAGAUCCUGGAGGAAGCUCUGAAGCUAGGUGCAGAGGAGGCCGACAGCAGCUGUCGUGCAGUCCUUGGUGCGUGUUACUACGUCCUGGCGCACGCGGAGCUCGAGGAGCAGCGAGUGGAUCUUGCCGUAGACCGCGUGGACGCAGCCAUUGAGGAGAUGGAGGGACACCUCUGGGAGAUCUCUCAGAGCCUGGAGGACAAAGAGGUGAUCUCCUCAGUCUUCGCCACGGCCUACCACUUCAGAGGGCAUUGCGACUUCGUGUCCGACCGCUUCGACGUGGCCUUGUCCUAUUACAGCCGCGCCCUGAAGUGCUUGGAGAACCACUGCGAUCUGGGCCGAGAUGGUGACGCCAUGGCAGUGCUCAUCAAGCACGACAUCGAGCGCGCCCAUUGUCUGAAGCCCAAGUAGACGGCUCCGCGGCGCGGCCGGCCAGCGGCCAGCGGCCGUGAGCCUUCGCGAGCUUGCGGCUGUGGGUGUCAGAAAUGGGUACCCCAAAUAGA